AUGGGUUCUCCAGCGUCUAAAAGCAGUACCGCGUUGCUAACUGCUUCAACGUUCAAGCUGCUGUCGAUCUUCGCGUCUUGUCGAAAAUCAAAGGCAAAGCAUCAACAGCUGGAUGAAGAACCAAGCUUACACGACCCAGAAGGACUGCCAUUCGUUACGAGCUUAUAUGUGGACGGCAAGAUCGUAGCCGUUAGGCCUGGUGAAAAUGUGUCUAAUGUGACUGCUUUGCUUCCAAGUGGGACUCAGCAGUCGAGUCAGAUUCAACAACAACCGAAGACCGUGUUGAAGGAGGCUGACAGCGCAAAUCUUUUGGUUCCCGAGGAUACUUUAAAGUCGAGUCCUACAGGCACCUCCAACUACUUGAAUCUGCCUUGGGAAACAAACUCUCGGCCACCUUCAAAACCAUCAUAUGGUGGUAGAUCCAUAGGCAGAUCUAUUGGUGCAUUUAGCAUCACAGCUCGCCAACACUCGACGGCUAGAGUCGAGAGUCAUUCUUCAAGUCGGUCCGCACGUCUAAAAGCCAAAAGGAUUUUCUCAACUGACAUCACCUCGUAUGAAGACGAAUUCAACAUCACACCUCCCAACAUUCGUGGCUACAUUGCCAACUUUCCAUAUGAACCAUGCGAAUGUGACGAGCUAAUCAUUACGCCUGGAGAUCUCCUUCUAGUUGAAGUGGCGUUUCCUGAUAACUGGGCGUGGGCGUAUAAUUCGGCAACUGGAAUGUCUGGAAUGGCACCAUUGUCGCUAAUGUCGGUAGUUGACAAGACUGCUUCUGAUCUAAUGAGGUCGAUGUCGCUAUACGAUGGAAUGUUAUCGUCGUCACCAGUAGACAAGUUUGAAGUACAGCCGUCAGAUGGGAGUACAUUUGAUGUUAUGAUUAGUUGCCAUUGGACGAAUAGGCAGCAGGCUGUUACUAUUGCAGAUUAUUUAAGAGAACGAGGCCUGAGUGUCUGGAUGGACAAGUUUAGUUUAGGACGAGACAUAUUUUCGUUGCUGGGUCAAGCUAUACUGUCUAGUAAAGUUGUUGUGCCCUUGCUCUCUGCCAAAUACGAACGCUCUGAGAGUUCCAUGAAGGAGCUAUUGUUCGCUGGAUUCAAGCAUAAAACCAUCAUAUCGUUAAGGCUAGAUUCAGGCCCAUUUCACGAAUCCGUGUCACUAACGGCAGGGACUAAUCAGCACGACCUCGCUGCGUGUGGAUCAGGAGAACCUCGUAAGAAGGUCCUUCUCUCCUUCUAUGCCGAUAUCUUAUCAUCGCUACCGCGAGCAACGGCGAUGCCAUGGCCAACUCCCGAAAUCGACUCCACAAUAGAAUCAUCCGUAGUAUUGCAACCAGAUCAGCUUGAAGACAAUUUAGAGGAUUUGUUUCAAUGGUUCCAGCCUAUCGAUAUGAAUUCAGUAGUUCAAGACUUGAAACACAAACGACUACCAAAGACUCGGAAAGCGUUGCUUGAAGAGUUUGUAGAAUGGAGUGAGGAGGAGAAGCCGGAAGACUCUAGGAUAUUCAUAGUGCAUGGUGCUGCUGGGAUGGGCAAAUCUGUGCUGGCAUCCGUCUUUGCCGUUAAACUUCAGAGAUGGCAUCGAUUAGCAGCCAUUUUCGUUUGUAAGAGUGCCCAUGUAUGUCACUACGAUCCCUUUAAAAUCAUAGCAACGUGGGCCUUCCAGCUAGCGUCAUUUGAUCCUCGUAUGAGAGAUGCAUUGAGACGACUGCUGAAAGAAGAACCGAACUUUCUGCAACGGAGAUCUCUAGCUCGGCAAUUCGAGCAUUUGAUUGUAAGGCCGCUGAAACAGCACGACUCUCGUAAUGGAACCAUAGUGGUAGUUUUAGAUGGACUUGGGUGUGGACCGAAAGAUAGCAAGCUCAGAACGGAUUUCUUGAACAUAUUGAACGCCCAAUGGAAGAAUCUGCCACCCUCAGUACUCCUGUUUAUUACCACUAGGCACGAGGAGGAUAUAUCAACUAGGUUCGCGUGUUACUUGCCGAGAGUCCUUGAGUUACGACCAACAGAUAAUCAUCACGACCUUCGUAUAUACGUGCUCGAUCACGUUACCAAACUACGUAACCGUCUCUCUGGUCCAGAAACAAUGAAGAUGCUGGUUGAUAGACUAAUAACCUUGUCUCGUGGAUCCUUCUUAUGGAUCGUUCUAGCUUUGGACGAGAUCGAUAAAUCAGAAUCAGAUGAGCCGUUCGAAGCAUUGGAACAGAUCGAGCAGGAAGCUCAGGGAAACGAUAUCGAACGAUUGGAUGCAUUAUAUACUAGGUCCUUAGCCAACGCACAUAAAGGUGUAGGUAUUGUGCAAAUGGACUUGUAUCGACGCAUUGUCGGUACAGUGUUAUGUCUUAAAGAACCUAUGGGACUGGAAGGAAUCUCUGGGCUGUUAAAGCUGCCAAUCUCAAGAGUCAGAUCAGCAUUAUCGCGAAUCCAGUCUCUAAUAGGUAUUACCGAUUUGUCAGUCCAAAUCACGGAUGGUGAAUUGGUUGAGUAUUUAACAAGUUGUCGAAGCCGGAAUUCGGAGCUUGCCCGUCGCUUUUAUAUAGACUUAGAGGAUAGUGAAUGUGCCGUUGCUACUACAUGUGUCGCAGCACUAGUGGAUUUAUAUUUACUCAUUCAGGCACCAAUGACGGUGCAGGACAAGGUAAAGUAUCUAUCUGGAAAGAGCUUGAACAUUGUACCUUACCAGUUGGAGUACUCUUGUCGUAACUGGGCAUCCCAUUUGGACGUUCUCACGAUAUUGGACAAGGACUUGUCGGCGGAUCUCAAACACGUUUGUGAUUUAUGGGGACCUGCGUUAUUGUUUGUGGCCAUUCAGAAGGGAUUGGCAGGAUCAACUAGCUGGAUUUUAAAAACAUGUGGUGGGCCCGAACUCCUAAAAGUCGCUACUGAAACCAUGUUCUACUCUAAUCCAAUCGUAUGGGAAGCAACAAAGAUGGGAUUUGCUGGUGUUGUUGAAGCUUUGAUCUUGUAUGGUGGUGCAGACGUCAAUACUCAUAUACCGGAACGAGGACAGUAUCUAUCCAAUCUGUUGCAUAUGUCUGUACGUAGUAGGAAUCUGGACGUGGUAAGAGUGUUGCUACGAAACGGUGCGAAUAUGGAUGAAAGGUUUAAUAAUCUGGGAUUGGCUAAUGCCUUUGCUGAUGUACUUACUAUCAUUGGUGAAGAAAGACAAUCUCGACUGGAUCUCGUGGAGAUUGCUAAAAUGGACGAGAUCCACCGUGUUUGUAGAGACGGCGAUAUAUAUCGAGUAGCCAGAUUGGUAUCCUCAAACUACAAACGUCUUCAACGCCCACAUCCCAUCACGAAAAAGGUACCACUUCACUACGCAUCAGAAGCAGGCCAUCAUGAAAUCGUACAAGAGUUGCUCGAAAGUGGCGCCGACGCAAAUAUAAUAGACGCAAUAUAUUGGUCGGGCCUCCACUACGCAUCUCGAAAUGGUCAUUUGAAGGCCGUCCAAAUCCUUAUAGAGCAUGGCGCAAACGUCAAUAGUAGAGGUAAAAGUGAAUGGAAGGGACCUUUAUUCAAGCAUUGGAGUGCCACGCCUCUUUGUUUGGCUUCUGAGUACGGGAGGAAGGAUAUUGUCCAGUAUUUGUUGGAUAAAGGUGCGAUUGUGCAACCAGACGAUAAUUUGUGGUCACCGUUAAUGUAUGCUGCUGUCGGUGGACAUUUGGAUAUUGCUCGUGUCUUGAUACAAGGUGGUGCACAAGUCAACGUGGUGUCAUCGGUAGUCUUCAGUCCGCUGUUGCUGGCAGCCCACUAUAAUCGUUAUGAGAUGAUAUCAUUCUUAUUGGAGCAAGGUGCUAAUGUCGAGAUGGGACGUGUCGCACCAACUCCUUUAUUGGUAGAAAGCACAGAUCCAGUAAAUAUGCCACGAGUAUCUCCUCUAUAUUGGGCCUCUGGUGAUGGAGACAGUAGGACAAUGAAACUGUUAUUGGAUCAUAAAGCCAACGUGAACUUUGUCAAUUACAAUAGUAUCGGACCGGUUAGUGCGUGGUAUCAGGCAAUUCAUAGAGCUGCUGUUUGGGAUAGUGAAGAAGCCAUUACAGAGCUGUGCAGGAAGGGUGCAGUCGUAAAUCACUUGGGUAAAUCGUCUGCUGAGAUGUAUGAAGGGCUGCAUGCCAUGCAUCUUGCUGCUUUGAAUGGUGGGAUUCAUGCGACGAGGACGUUGCUAGAUCUAGGCGCUGAUAUAGAAGCCCGCAGCUACCAAGGUGAAACUCCCUUGAUUGUAGCAGCAAGGGCACUUCAUAGUUGCAUGUGUAGAUUCCUCACCAUCAGAGGAGCCAAUGUGAAUGCAACAGGACCGCAAGGUGACACUGUACUGCAUGUUGCAGCUCGAAAGGCAGCAGGUGCUGAGACAAUAAGAAUACUGCUUGAACUUGAAGCCAAUCCGUUGGCUCUCAACAACCGGGGAGAAACCGCAUUACAUGUAGCUUGUAGACUUGGUCAUUUAGGAGUCGUCAAGCUUCUAUUACCAUUUGGUGGAAUUAGAAUUCGAAACUCACGGGAUCAGAGUGUGUUUGAUGUGGCGUAG